GAUUGAACCCUCGCCAUUUAUGUUAACAGAUGAAGGUUUACCAUUGGACCUACUAGGUCUCGGUAAAACAUGUCAGGAUCAUCAGAUGCCCUCUUCUUGGGUGGAGGGGGAGGAGGAGGAAGCGUACUUCGAGGAGGAAGAAAGGUGGGUCGCUCAAGUGUCUGCUCGCGCUUCAUUUUGAUUACAGGUGCGGUCUUUUUCUUCUUCCUUCUGAUUUGGAUGUCUGAUAAGCAAUUACGGCAAAUAAAAAGACUCUCUGGUGAGAUAGGCUCUGAGAAUCACGUCGUCAAGCAGCUUCAGGAGGUAGCGGAGAACUACGAGUCAGAGCAGCACAAGAAGACUCUUGUGUUGAAACCGAGAGUAGAUGGCAAUAGAAAGGAGAAUAGACCUGCGCAGCAGGCAAACACGAGGAGGAUAGAUGCAGGCAAAUUAUGGGGGAGAGAUGACCGGGUCCGAGAAGUUGCUGUUCAGGAUCGAGGCCAUUCUUCUGCCUCUUUGCCGAUUGCAGCUGUGGUGAUUAUGGCCUGCAACCGCCCAGAUUAUCUGGAGAGGACUGUGAAGUCGCUACUGAUGCAUCAUACGUCUCCUGAGAAAUUUCCUCUUUACAUUUCCCAGGAUGGACUCCAUGAGGGGGUCCACAAUAUGGCGAUUCGUUAUGGGCCCCGUUUCUCAUACAUACAGCACAUUGAAGAGCGGCCUCCGGCAAUGAAGAGUCCUACCGAGAUGAUUGCUUAUUAUCGAAUUGCGGAACACUACAAGUUUGCACUGGGUCAUCUUUUCGAUGUGAAAGGGUAUCCCAGGGUCAUCAUGCUCGAAGACGAUAUGGACAUUUCUCCGGACUUUUUCAGUUAUUUCGAGGCGACGGCUCCUUUGCUGGACCAGGACAGCUCGAUUCUUGCCAUCUCUUCGUGGAACGACAAUGGUCAAAGCCAUCUUGUCGGCGAUGCGGAGGCCCUUUAUAGGUCAGAUUUUUUCCCAGGGCUUGGGUGGAUGAUGAAUCGGCAACUGUGGGAGGAGCUUAGGCCAAAAUGGCCUGCAGCUUACUGGGAUGAUUGGUUAAGGUCACCGCAGAACCGGAAGGGUAGGCAAUCUAUCCGCCCGGAGGUGUGCCGGACAUACAACUUUGGAGAACAGGGUUCCAGCCAUGGACAGUAUUUCGCAAAGUACUUGCAGUCGAUCAAGAUGAAUGAUAAGGAUAUUGACUGGUCAACGAAGGACCUCAGCUACUUGUUGAAGGAUCAAUAUCCUGAACAUUUCAUGAACUUGCUGAAUUCUGCGAAACCAAUAUCUGCAGCACAGCUACUUGAGGGGCAUGGCGACAACCUGGAAACGGAUGUCCGGUUGGUGUACGAUGACCAGGCAUCCUAUGCAGCUAUCGUGCGACCGUAUGGAGUUUUCGAAGACUGGAAAGAUGGUAUUCCAAGGGUGUCGUAUGAAGGUGUUGUUGUUUUCCGACUUGGUGGAGGGAAAAACGUUUUCUUGUUGUCUGCUUCGUCUGUAAGCAACAUCCAAGCACGAAUAGCAGCAGCACGAGGAGGGGUCCAGGCACAGCAGAUGAUGAAGUGAAGAAGAAGAAGAAGAAGAAGAAGAAGAAGAAGAAGAAGAAGAAGAAGGAUCUUGGGGUUGCGAACCGUGGUGAGAGAGAGAGGAUGGUAGAUGGGCAAGCCGUCGUCUUUUGGUUUUCGUUUGUCUUUCCUCUGUCUCUCUCUCUCUCUCUCUCUCUGUCUGCCUGAUGCGUUGUUAAUGUACAGAGCACUUGGUGGAGUUCUCAAUCCAUACAGUGCUCCCUCUUUGUGCUUGUAUGUCAAGUACGAUGUACUGGUGAACUUGUUUGGAUCGCAGCACUCUGGUUUGGUCAAGUCGUGUUUGUAAAAUUACGAAUUGAGCUGCUGAUCGAGUUGUCCCUGUCAUAGAUGCAUCGGCCAGUUUCCAUUUUCGAUCCUGUCAUAGAUGGCUUGAGUAAGAGAUUCAUCAACACGGUCGGGUUGAUCAGUCAAUUCAUUGAUCAGUCAAUUCAUUGGGUCGUUGCAGUGUUUGGAUGACCUACGUAUGCUCACAUGUAUCUUUGCGCCUAUCUUCCGGCGAAGUAAUGCGCAGUAACAAUUGUGCACAUCGAAACACAGCAGCGCAGACACACACCUAGGUUGAGCCCAUGGUGCAUUACGCGGCAAUGCCACUA